UCCGCCUCGUACGAGCAAUAGUAUGAUCGCGGAGCGGACCAUCAGGCUCUUCCUUAAUCCCAUGGCUGAUUUCCUCCCCAAGCCCGUCCAUGUUCAGUGCUGGCCUAUCCUUCUCGAGUUCUGCAAACUCAUUUCGGAGACCAAGGGCAAGACUGACAGCCUCUACAUUUCGUGCCGCAGAACGCUGGGGUCUCUGCUGGAGGCCCCGAGAGCUUUUUGCGGCGGUGGUGAUGGUGGGUACUCCUCCAGGAUUCAAAACUUGGUGGUGGAGCUGUUCCCUUUUGUGAAGGAGCUGGCAGAAACCACUGCUGAGGGUCUGUCAUCCGAGACCAUCUUGCCUAUUGAGCUCAACGAGUUCUCCAGCUUCUUAAUGGGGAUGAGAAGGGCGGUGAGGGAGUGGAUGGACGGUGGAAGUCCCAUUCCAAAGUCACUACUGUAUAACAGUUCUCAUCCGAGUUACGAGGGAUGGAUCUUUUCUCUCCAUUUUAUAUUUCUCGAGCUCUUGGGGAAGGUUGAUGACUGUCUUAAGAAAGUUGAGAGCUUUCUGACAGGAAAGGGACCGGUCCAGAGUGAUGCUCGAUGGGCUGGGUGGUCCCAUAUUCUGGUAGUCUUGACAAAUGUGCAUAGUUUCUCUAAGAUCUAUGAGGGUGCCCCUGAGUUACUGCACGCUGUUCUUGUAAACCGAAGGUCCUCUGUGAAUGCUCUUAUAAGACGUGCAAAGAAGAAUGAGAAUCUCCGCUGGCUCCUUAAGCAUAGGGAUGUCGUUGAUUUUGAGUCGAGAAGGAGCUUGGUGAUUAUGUUGUUCCCAGAAGGAAAAGAUGAUUAUGAGCACCUACAUGAGAUGCUCAUUGACAGGUCACAAUUGUUGGCUGAGUCAUACGAGUAUAUUGGACGGGUAGAUGCUCACACAUUGCAUGGUGGGCUUUUCAUGGAGUUCAAGAACGAGGAAGCCACGGGUCCUGGUGUUUUACGGGAGUGGUUUUGUUUGGUUUGCCGAGCUAUUUUCAAUCCGCAGAAUGUACUUUUCCUGCCAUGUCCAAAUGACCGUCGAAGGUUCUUUCCCAAUCCAGCAUCUUCUGUUGAUCCUUUGCACCUCAAAUAUUUUGAGUUUUGUGGAAGAGUGGUUGCACUAGCCUUGAUGCAUAAAGUUCAAGUAGGUGUUGUGCUUGAUCGUGCCUUCUUCUUGCAACUAGCUGGUGAAAUAGUUACAUUGGAGGAUAUUAAAGAUGCAGACCCCUUCUUAUAUAUGAGCUGCAAAAAGAUUCUGGAGAUGGAUGCUGAGCUUCUUGAUUCCGACGUCUUGGGAUUAACCUUUGUGAGAGAAAUUGAAGAACUGGGAACUCAAAGGGCUGUUGAACUCUGUGAUGGGGGAAAGGAUAUUGUUGUUAAUAGCAAAAAUAGGGAAGAAUACAUCAAGCUUCUAAUUCAGCAUCGCUUUGUGAAAUCUGUUUCAGAGCAGGUUUCUUAUUUUGCUAGAGGAUUUAGUGAGAUACUUUCUAAUACAAAGUACCUGAAGUUUUUCUUCAAUAAUUUGGACCUCGAAGAUUUUGAUAGAAUGGUAGGUGGAAGCAAUAGCAUCAUCAACGUGAGGGAGUGGAAGUCACAUACAGAGUACAAUGGCUAUAAGGUGAAAGACCGUCAGAUCUGUUGGUUCUGGAAGAUAGUGGAGGGUAUGACUGAGGAGCAGCAAAGGGUGCUACUUUUCUUCUGGACAUCAGUAAAGUAUUUGCCGGUGGAUGGUUUCGGUGGCUUGGCGUCCAAAUUGUAUAUUUAUAAGUCUUCGGAUUCUCAUGACCGCCUACCUACAUCGCAUACUUGUUUCUACCGCCUCUGCCUUCCUCAAUACCCAUCUAUUUCUGUGAUGCGUGAUCGCCUUCAGUUUAUCACUCAAGAACAUGUGAGCUGCACAUUUGGAAUGUGGUAGUAGCCCAAGAGUGAAAGGCUCCUUAUCUUUUGUACAGAUCUUACAGCAGGGAUAUUAUUAUAUGUUUAUGGUAGGAAUAGUUGUAAACAUGUGCUAUAUAAGUGUUGUUCUUGUCAAGGGGAGGUGUUUAAAUGGUGGUAUAUAGAAAAGGGUCUUCAACAAAUUAUGUUUUUGGAAUAUUUAAGACAGUUUUUUUUUUUUUUCAAAUAUCCCCUCCUUUUUGGAUC